AAUUGUUGUUGUUUAGGGAGUAGACCAAACCUGUCGAGUUUUCAGCAGAUUUCUCUCAUAUUGUCCAGAAAUGUCAUCACCUAGUCCCGGGAAGAGGCGAAUGGACACUGAUGUUGUCAAACUCAUUGAGAGUAAACAUGAAGUUACAAUUCUGGGUGGGCUGAAUGAAUUCAUUGUCAAGUUCUAUGGACCCACUGGAACCCCUUAUGAAGGAGGCGUUUGGAAGGUUAGAGUGGACCUUCCAGAGAAAUAUCCUUUCAAGUCCCCUUCAAUAGGUUUCAUGAACCGAAUAUACCACCCAAAUAUUGAUGAAGUGUCAGGAACUGUCUGUCUGGAUGUUAUCAACCAGGCAUGGACUGCCCUUUAUGAUCUGUCCAACAUUUUUGAAUCUUUCCUGCCUCAGUUACUGACAUACCCUAACCCUAUAGACCCUUUGAAUGGUGAUGCCGCCGCAAUGUACUUACACAAACCAGAGGACUACAAGAAAAAAGUUCAAGAAUAUGUGAAAAAAUAUGCAACAGAGGAGGCACUCCGAGAGCAAGAACAUGUUGAAUCAUCUAGUGAAAGCUCCAUGAGUGAUUUUUCAGAAAAUGAAGCGCAGGAUAUGGAGUUAUAACAUUAGGCUUAAUUGGCAUCGUAGGCUAUUGACUUCAUCUUAACUGUUAUCGUAAACAUAUGCUAUGUUAUGGUAAGCGUUGUACAUA